GGAUACUGGUUUCUCUACUUUUGUGGGGGCUGGGUUUCCCCAGAAGAGAGGCUGUCAAAGUAAGUAAGCGUCCCAUGCGGUCUCGGUCCUGUGCAGACCGACCUGAGGAGCUUCUGGAACAGCUGUAUGGAAGACUCACAGCUGGCAUGCUCAGCGCCUUCCAUCACACCCUGCAGUUGGAGCCCCUGGAAAAUGAUCAGAACAUCAGUUGUCCAGCGGGAGGCUGGCCAACUACUGACAAGAAGUACCGUCUCCCCAUCAAUCUCAACAGUGUCUCUCCUUGGUCCUACAGAAUCUCCUAUGAUUCUACCAGGUAUCCAAAGUACAUUCCUGAAGCCUACUGCCUUUGUAAGGGCUGUCUUACAGGUGAUUACGGAGAAGAAAAUCUCCGUUUUCGAAGUACGCCAGUGUUUAUGCCGGCUGUCAUCUUGCGACGGACCACCUCCUGCGCGGGCGGCCGCUACGUUUACACUGAGGACUAUGUAUCUAUUCCUGUGGGCUGCACCUGUGUACCAGAAUAUGAAAAAGAAGCAGAGCAAGCGAAUUCCAGCAUAGACAAACAAGCAGUAAAAUUGCUGGGGAAUCAUAAUAAUGACAAGCCAGCAUCCAAAUGAAGAAUGGAAAGGAGGCCAGAAACAAAGGAUGUUUUGGUUCAUAACUUCCUGUUUCAGAGAGCUGUAAUGUCCAGUUGCAGCAGAUGUGUCUUGGGCUUGGGCCAGUUGAUAUCAAAUUGUACUUCCUUCAAAAACAUUGGAGUUUUCCAAUUUCAGCUCAUUUAUGUUGAAACGGUGCCUUUCUCCUCGUAACUGGAGAUAUGACAGAUAGAUCCUGGAGAGUUGCAAUAAUGCUGGGGGACAUGUGUUGUACCGUAUCAAGACAUUUAAACAUACUAGAUAACUGUUCCAUUUUCUAGUGCUUUGCUAUGCAGAUUCUCAAGAUAGGCUGAUAAGGGACACUUCAUUGAUUUGUGUGUACAAUAAAACCUUGGUUUAAUGGGUUUUGGAUAUAGUCGACAAACUUUUCAUUUGGAUUGUUUACCCAUUAAAUCAAGUUUUUAUUGAAAAUUAUGCUAUUCACAUCAAUUACAUAACACAUGUGAUAUACAUUGAUGCAAAUGACAUACAUUCAGAUUUAAUGAACAUUCAGAUUUAACAGAUGUCCCCUUCCCCACAGCGGUCUGUUAAAUCAAGGUUUUGCAUUUUUCCUACGUCAUUACUGAAUACGAGUGAGGGCCACUGAGAAUGAAAGAGAACAAUAUAAAUUAAUAACUAAAACAUUUUUCAAAGAAUGCUGAAAAACCAGCUGUGAAUCUGCAACUGAUUGUUUUUGAAAGUGUAACUAGCUUUGACUUGGUUUAUAGAACUUGGUGUUCUGGACCAGAAACAGUUUAAUAGUGUGUCAUGUCAAAAGCACUAGAAUUACAACAUUAAAACUGAUUAAAAGCUAUUGAAUUCAUUAAACAUGCUGAUGGCCACAAAUUUAGAUGCUUUUAAGAAAGGGACUAAAUAAAUGUAUAGAGAAUACGUCUAUCAGUGGCUACUAAUCUUGGUUGCUUAUUACAUUUAUUGAAUUGCGGGGAGGGGGGGUUGCA